AUGAAUCUCAUCUUCUCCCCCCCCCGUCUACCAUCGGAGUCGAUCUCCUCCUCCCCCUCCUCCUCUACGACUCUCUCAGACGUCAGUCAGUCUGGGUGUAUAAUCUGUCUUGCGCAAUGUGUACCAGGUACCUACCUAAACCACUUUACUUUCGUUUGUGUAGGCUCCACAACCCGCUGUGCUCGUGCGACCCUUUCUGCGUAAAUCAGUUAGGAUGAAGACGAUGGUGACGGCGAUGAUGAUGAUGAUGAUGAUGAUGAUGAUGAUGACGACGACGAUGAUGAUGACGACGAUGAUGAUGAUGAUGAUGAUGAUGAUGAUGAGGAGGAGGAGGAGGAGGAGGAGGAGGAGAGAGGCUGCGCCGAAAACAUCGCCGAUGUCAUCUAG